AUGGCCCCCAAAUCCGCCUCCUUCGACGUCCUAGGAACCUGCUUCGGCUUCGAAACCGCCAUCAACACAAUCCAAGCCCGCCUAGGACCCAAGAUCCCCAAAUCCCGUACUCGAUCUUUCGAUCCUUCAGCGCUCUUCUUCGGCUGGUUCUUCGCCGCCCAGAGAGACUUCACCUACACCUCGCUUUGCGGCACGUACACGCCCAUCGCGCAGGUCCUCAAGGGAACUUUCAAACGGGCGUGUGCCGUGGUCGACAUUCCCGCCGACAUCAUCAGCGACGAAGACAUCAGCGCCGUCAUGGCCGAGAUGGUCAAGUUGCAAGCCCGGCCGGGUCUGAAGAAAUGCUAUGAUGGGUUGAGGGAGGCUGGAUGGGAUAUUUACGGUGUGACGAAUGGCGGCAAGGAGACGAGUUUGAAGUAUUACGAGCUUGCUGGGAUUGAGCUGGACGCGGAGCAUUUGCUGAGUUGUGAUGAAAUUCGAGUGGCGAAGCCGGAUCCUAAAGUGUAUGAGAAUACGCACCGACAUUUGACGAGUCGAGGAGCGGGCGAGGCGGAUGGUGAGAGGUGGUUUAUUGCUGCGCAUGCGUGGGAUUUGCUCGCGGCGAGGAAGGCUGGCUUCAAGACGGCAUACUUGGAUUUCGAGGAGCACGAUCCAUGCACAGCUGUGUUCGGGCAGUUCGAUUUAUAUGCGAAUAGCAUGGAGGACCUGCUAGAGAAGUUGAAAGCGCUGUAG